UGGGCGUUUGUCGCCGGAAAGAAAACUUGUAUUUCUUAUCAUCUUCCACCUCCGUCCAUCCGUGAGAGAGCGAGGGCUAGUCGGAGCCUGGGCGUAGGGGAUGAAUUGCGAGCGCCAUGGCUGACUGGACUCGUCGUAGAAUAUAAGCCGCCAAUCCCAACACAAUCAACUGCAACGCCACUCCGAUCGUGAGUCGCCGCCGAACCAUCCACCGCUUGUAGGAUGCCAUGGCCGGAGGGAAGUCGCGGUGAGCAUGAUGCCCCUCUUCCGACGGGGAAGCCAAGUCUCGGUGAGCGUGAUGCCCCUCGUACGUCAGAGCCGACGGGGCAGCACCUUUACCUCAUCUUUGAUGACUGGCCGUGGGGCUACAGCAUCCGCAAGCUAGAGUUGCCCCGCCGCUCUCCCCAUCAGCCGAGCAUGCGUCGGCCUGUUCAUAAGCGCUUGCCGCCUCCUCUCCUCCGCUUGGAGGCCACGCGUCAGGAGCCCAUGUUGUUCGCCGCCGUUGGCACUAACAUCAUCGCGGCGCAUUACAGGACUGACCUUGGGAAUGCCCCGGUCCCUGAAUGGAUCCUGACCAUCGUCGACGUCCGCUCGCUAGCCGUCAGGUUUGGCCCUGGUCUGUUGCAUCCAGGACUGCCCAUCUUGAUCACCGUCGGCAACGAGGUAUUCUCUCUGGAAAUGGACUGGUUCAGGAUGCUCUCCAUGAAGCCACUCUGCCCCCUGCAGGAGUGGUCGUGGUGCACCCUCCCGCCGCCGCCGGUAGAGAGCGAGGACGUCACCUCCUUUGCCGUAGGCUCCGAUGGACGGACCAUCUUCGCCAGCACCGAUUCUGCCACCUUCGCCUUCGACAUUGUCAAUAGUGAAUGGAAACAAUCCUCCAAUUGUUCGCUGCCAUUCGCCGGCCCUGCAAACUAUGUCCAUGCUCUAGACAUCUUUGUCGGGCUCUCAAAAGCCCCAGACACCUAUGGCCACCUCUGCUUCUGCAGGAAGUUGGUCGGUGACGAUGAAAACGUGAGGCCCAGCAAGGAGAAUCUGUUGAGCAAGGACCCAGCUGAGAGUCAUAUACGCGCUACACUCGUCUACUUGGGAGGAGGAAGUGAGCCUGGGUUUUGUCUUGUGGAGUGCGUCUCCAUUACAAAAGGCAAAUCUGUCAACAUGCGGCUGGAGGAGUGUGAUCAGCUGGUCAAGUGUGUGGAUGAGGGGAGUGGCAGUUGUGAUCAGCUCAAGAAGAAUGUGGAUGACGGGGAUGGCGUGUCCGGAAGCAUGCAUGAUGGGUAUCUUUACCGUUUGACGACAUUCUCUCUCAGCUUUGACAACAAUGGAGACCUGACGACUGGUGAGACUUGUAUGUUUUGUAGCAAAGAUCUUAUUGUAUGUUGACAAUACUCAACUAGCAUUAAUAUCAGGGCUCACUAAACCUUAUAACAA